GCCAGGUUUAAGCAGCUGGCCACUUUCGCCGAUACGUGGCAUAGGCACGAACAACUUCCACGUUCGCCGCCAUUUUGACAUCCAGCGAAUAGUAGAGACUUCAGUGGAUUGAAGCGUUUUUACGUGAUAUUUUAUUAGAUUUUCUCGAAAAAAAACACGGCUUAUAAAACCACAAAAUGGGGAAUAUGUUUGCAAAUUUAUUUAAAGGCCUGUUUGGCAAAAAAGAAAUGAGAAUAUUGAUGGUUGGUCUUGAUGCAGCUGGUAAAACCACAAUCUUAUACAAACUUAAAUUAGGAGAAAUUGUAACAACAAUUCCCACAAUCGGAUUUAAUGUGGAAACUGUAGAAUACAAAAACAUCAGCUUCACUGUGUGGGAUGUUGGUGGUCAGGACAAAAUCAGACCAUUAUGGAGGCACUACUUUCAGAAUACACAGGGUCUCAUCUUUGUAGUAGACAGUAAUGACCGAGAGCGUAUCGGCGAGGCGCGCGAAGAACUCAUGAGAAUGUUAAGUGAAGAUGAGUUACGAGAUGCAGUACUCUUAAUCUUCGCAAACAAACAGGAUCUGCCAAACGCCAUGAACGCGGCGGAGAUAACAGACAAGUUGGGCUUGCACUCACUGCGCAACCGCAACUGGUACAUCCAGGCCACUUGCGCCACUUCCGGCGACGGCCUGUACGAAGGGCUCGACUGGCUCUCCAACCAGCUCAAGAACGCCAACCGCUAACCUCCUGUGCACACUCACAGACUAAUCUGAUUACUGAAAGAGACUAUGGUUUAAGAUAUGUUAACUUUAUUUGCUAUAAAUGAAUACAAUGUAUUAUGUGCGGUAUCAUAAAUGUAUUACUGUGUCACCCGGUGACCGAGCUCGCAUCGCAUUCUCGCCGAACCACUCGCUUUAACCGAUGCCCGACUCGAAAACUGACUUAAACAACGCGACGCUACAUAUUGAACUUUCCAAAAUAUAAUAUAACGAAUAUUAAUUUGUACAAAAAAAAAAUAUAGAGGUCAUAUGCUGUACUUAGUGCAAUGCGGUAAUCAGUCAGGGAUUGCGUUGUUUGUUCAUCUCUGAUGACGUUGAACAAAUGUAGUGUGUAAAAUGUAAAGUUAAUGCAAAAUUUCAAUUUAUUUGUUUCAAAUGUAUCUGUAAACAGUUUUUGAAUAAAUGAAACAGUGUACAUUCAAUUAAUCGCGCAUUGUGAUGUGGAUAGGUACAUUUUAUGUGUAGCUGACUCGUGAUAAAGUGAAUCACAGCAUAACUUGUUUUAUAUGUAUACUAUAAUGUGGAAUAAGUUGUCGUAAUAAAGUAUUUAAAGUUAAUUUACUUCAAUGACUUUAAUUCACUAGAUUAGUAGUAACUGCCUGUAGUGGGGGUACUAAUGCUGUGGUAACAGCUGCGGGUUGUGGUGUACCGGGGAGCAUUAAAGUUGCAUCAAUACUGAGUGGAUAUUUCUAUUCAUGGAGGUAAUAAGCAAGAGUUCCUCCUUUAGGAUCUUCGACACUUGUGUCAGAACCUAUUCACAUCGCUUUGUGGUUUUUAUCUUAUAACUUCACCUCCAGUUUAAUUUGUACUGUGGACGUUCCACUGUCUUCGAGCAUAUUCCAAUUAUUCGAACGACUUAUUGUAUGAUGAUAGUUUAUUUUUUAUUGAAGUUAACUAGGUAGAGUAAGCUGUUAUGUGUUUUACAUUCGAUCACAUUUGAAAUCAUUACAGGCGGCGUCCACCGUUAGUAGAACGGCUCGUCGUGACCUGCAUUUAUAGUUGACUUCUCAUGACGAACCGAGAUUUAAUUUAGGUGUAAUAUGUAUUAGAUGAUCAUGGUGUCAUUUUGAGGUGUCUCUGCGCAGGGAAGCAGUGCUCAGAUCUCUCAGUGGUACUUUGCUCUUACACAAUUAAUUAUAACUUAGCAUUUUUAUAAUAAUUUAGAAGAAAUUGUUAAAAUACAAUUCAAGGAUAUGAUUAUGUGGCGUGUGGUGGAGAUUUAUUUUUUAUUUUUAUGAAAAUCGAGAAGAUUCAAUGAGAGCGAAAUGUGACAUUCCGGUUUGUCUUAUGCUGUAUUAUGGAAUAAAAUAUCCUCACCAAAA